GCGUCAGGUCAGAUGACCGCAGAGACUACAGAAACAUGGCGAUCUUCAGUGUUUAUGUGGUGAAUAAAGCUGGCGGCCUGAUCUAUCAGCUGGACAACCAGAACCCGCGCUCCGAGACAGAGAAGACGUUCAGUUUCCCGCUGGAUCUGGUUCUCAAGGUGCACGACGAGCGCGUGCUGGUGUCCUUCGGGCAACGGGACGGCAUUCGAGUGGGACAUGCCGUGCUCUCCAUUAAUGGGAUAGAUGUGAAUGGCAAAUAUACAGCGGAAGGAAUUGAAGUCAUGGAAUACCUGGGAAACCCCUCCAAUUAUCCUCUCUCCAUCCGCUUUGGGCGGCCCCGGCUCUCGUCCAAUGAGAAACUUAUGCUGGCCUCCAUGUUCCACUCGUUAUUUGCCAUUGGAUCUCAGCUCUCCCCAGAGUCUGGAAGCUCCGGCAUUGAAAUGCUGGAAACGGACACCUUCAAGCUGCACUGUUUCCAGACCCUGACUGGUAUAAAGUUCAUGGUGUUGUCAGACCCACGUCAGGCUGGCAUAGACGCAUUGCUCCGCAAAAUUUAUGAACUGUAUUCUGACUAUGCUCUCAAAAACCCGUUUUACUCCUUGGAGAUGCCAAUUAGGUGUGAACUCUUUGAACAGAAUUUGAAGUCUGCCUUGGAAGUAGCAGAGAAAGCCGGAACCUUUGGACCCAGUUCUUAGCUUGCAACACCAGAAUAUCCUUAUGAAAAGCAAGUGCGCAGGCCAUUGCAGGAACCUUAAUGGCUGAACAUGCCUUGCACUGCCUUUAUUGUAUAUAGUGUAAAAUUGGUAACUUAUAACUAUAAUUUGAUAUUAAGCACAUGUGAGCCGCCACAUACGCAGUUUUUUUAUGUGCUGCCAUGUGGGUGUAGUUUGCCCCACAAUACUUAGCCUUUCAAGCCCGUUUUAAAAGAGACCCUACAGGGGUUUUCUUACCUCAGUAAAUGGCAUUUAUCCUGUAGAGAAAGUUAAUACCAGGCACUUACUAAUGUAUUGUGAUUGUCCAGAUUGCCUCCUUUGCUGGUUUAAAUCAUAUUUUUUUUUAUCACAUUAUACACUGCUCGUAUCCAUGUGUUGUGGCCAUCCUGCAAUCCAGCAGUGGUAGCCGUGCUUACACACUAUAGGAAAAAGCUGCAGGAGUGCACAUAGGCAGGCUCUUUUUCCUAUAGUGGACAAGCACGUCCACCGCUGCUGUAUUGCAGAGUGGUCAUAGCGCCUGUAUUAGCGCAAAAAAAUUAUACAAGCCAGCAAAGGAGGCGAUAUGGACAAUCGCAAUACAUUAGUGUUGCUGUGUAUUAGGCCUCUUGCACACUAAUAUGUGCGUCCCGUGGCCAUGCUGCGACCGCAAAUUGCGGACCACAAUGCAUGAACAUCCAUCGUAGGGCAGCCGCAGCGGAUCUCGUACCCAUUCACUUUAAUGGUUCCGCGAUCUGGCCGUUCCGCAAAAAGAGAGAACAUGUCCUAUCUUUUUGCCGAACGGAAGUAUGGGACGAAACCCCACGGAAGCGCU